ACUGAGCUGUAAGUCGUUUGUAGAAGAAGUGCUUCGUAGAAGAAAUACGUUUGUGUUGUUGAAAACGUUUUAUAAUAUCAUAUAUAUCGUAUAUAAGUAUUACUAAGCAAUUUGUGAUACUGCCCUCCACAUUUUCCAUUUUAUUAUUGAUUCAAUUGAUCAUUGUCUGUGGCCAUCGUGAACUCUUCCUCUUGGACAAAGUUUGAGGAGAUGGAGUCAAACCAACAUCAUAGGUGUUUUCAAGAAGGCGGCAGGUGCAAGUGCACCGAAACAUUGGACCCUCUGAACGAUUUGAGAGAUAAAAACCUCUUCUGUGACGCGGUGUUGAGGUUGGAGGACGGCGGCGUCUUUCGAGUCCACAGAGUGAUUCUUUCGAUGCGCAGCACAUAUUUCAGGAAACUCUUCUCAACAACACUGCACACCAGUGAGGAGACUGAUAUUCUCCUCCACGGAAUUAGCUCGGACGUCAUGACGCCGAUACUAGAUUAUGUUUAUUUUCGCGAGGUGGACAUCCACUCCGACAACGCGUGUCAGCUGCUCGUGACGGCUGAAUACUUCUGUAUACCAGGCGUUAAAGAACUCUGCUGCGACUUCCUCCAGGACGCGAUGGACGUCAACAACUGUAUCGGCAUCAUGCAUUUCGCAAGGUUUCACCUCUUCGCCGACCUCGAGACUCACGCCCAUCGCUUCGUUCUGCGCCACUUCGUGGAAGUGUCUCAGCAGAGCGAAGAACUGCUGGAUCUCUCUGCAGAGGAGCAGCAAGCGAUAAUCGAGUCCGAGGAACUGAACGUGAAGGACGAGAAAGUUGUGUGGGAGUGCGUUCUCCGGUGGAUUAACCACGACCCGGACAACAGGAAAGGCCAUAUCGUGGACCUUUUGAAGGGCGUCAGACUGGGACUACUUGACGUAAAGUUUUUCAAGGAGACGGUAUCAAAUCACCCGUACGUGACGGAAUGUGAGACGUGCGGGCCCGUGAUCUCGGAGACGCUCGCAUUUCUACACGACUCAGAAAUGAUGACGAAGGAAGACAAGGAAUUCGUGACACCAAGGUAUGCCUACCCGCGAAUCCCACAGGACAUUCUAUUUGCUAUUGGUGGGAAACGUAAGAGAUACAGGACAGAUGUGAUAGAAGCGUACGACACACGAGCAGACCGAUGGAGCCUGGUGGAGGGGGUCAACUCGAUCGGUCCGCGAUCCGGCCAUGGCACGGCAGUAGUAGGUUUCGACAUUUACGUCAUCGGUGGUUACGACGGCGAGGAAUACUUACGCUCAUGUCGCUGCUUCAACACUGUUACGAAGAAAUGUCGCGAGGUGGCGCCUAUGAAUAUCCGAAGAUACAAAUUAAGUGUGGCUGUUCUGCGAGAAGUAGUGUACGCCAUGGGCGGUUACCAUGGACUUGUAAUUUUCAAAACGGCGGAAAGAUAUGACCGCAAGAAGAACCAGUGGUCUUCGAUCGCUCCAAUGAACAAAGGGCGAGCUGAUGCAAGUGCGGCUAUGCUCAAUGACAAAAUAUACGUCACUGGUGGACAUGAUGAAAACGGUAAUCUAAACUCGGUGGAAGUUUUUGACCCGGACACCGACCAGUGGACGUUCGUUGCACGAAUGCUAUCUAAACGUGCCAGUUUCUCUUGCGUCGCCUUCCACGGCUGUCUGUUCGCCCUAG